CAAACUCCUCCUCUUGCUUCUCCAUCGCCGAGAAAAAAAAAAGUCCAUUCCCAUUCCCCUCCCUCCCCGGCAAACCCCAAAUCCCCCACCUUCAAUCCAAGUGUCAAUGGAUGAUACGCCGGACCAUACGCCUCUUCUUCCCCCGGAGGGUUCGGCGGAACCCUCUCUUUCUCUGCCCCCGUCGCCGCGCCCAGGGCCCGUCGUCCAUGACGCCAAGAACACCCAAGAACUAGGCGUAUCGGUGCUGCCUGUGGCCCGCGACUCCAAGAAGGAGCCGGAAGCAACCGAGAAGACGGAGAGGGUGUCGCCUGCGGGCAAGAAGGAGGAGCGGAAGUCCUGGUUCCCCCGCUGGACGCUCGCCUCCCUCGUCGGCGAGAGAAGUUCCGCGGAGGCCGGAGCGGGAGAUGGCUCGUCGAGCGGCGGGAAGGGUCUGUCGGGAGCGGGACCUGGCUCGUCAAGCGGCGCCAUGGCUGCGCGCAACAAGGAGCACGUGCUCAUCGACAUCGACACCCCAUCUUCAUCCAAUUCCCCUGCUUGGCCGGUGCCCGGCGGGGUGCGAGCGGGGGAGAACACAAGGGUCCUUCUCGAGAGGAAGACCCGCGACAGGAUCGACUUACUGAUCGACCGCUCCCAAGUCUUCCAAGAUUUCUGUAGCGGCCACAGCCUCCUCGCCGACCCUUCGGCGAACCUGACCGCAGCGCUGCGGGAGUUCGCCGUCCCUGAGACCGCGGGAGCGGCGGCCUGCCUUCAAUUGGCAGCUGCGGCAUUGUACAAGACUGCAAUCGGCGGCAAGAUAGAGGAGCAACCUGGAGCCAUUGCCAAGAAUCUUGCCUCCGAAGCAGCUAUAUUGGUGGCAGCCAGCGGCGGGCUGGGACCCAACCUUUCGAGCGACCUAGACGCAUCUGCCUCGAGCUCGUCCACCUGCAGCAGAAGCCCUGAAGUCUUGUUCUACAUCGCCAUGUCAGGUUCACUAGGACUUCUCCCGUACCUGAAUACCAUUAUUCCGAAGGACCUGCAGGGUCUGGUUGCGUUUCUGUUCGGGACAGUGUUUUCAGCAGCCACGGUGGGAGCGUUGCUCCUUGCUCGGGGCAAGGACAACGCUGAUUUGGAGGUUGCCACCAUUGUGGGGGCUGUUAGUUUCACGGCCUUUUGUCUGUUGGUAAUUGUGUUCGUGUCUUUUGCUCUAGCUGGAGGGUACAUCCUGCUGAUUUUUGUGUUGGCAGCAGUAGUAGUUUCAGUGCAUAUCUGGGCUUGGGUUAGGAGGUGAUUGGAUCACCCACGAGUUGAGUUCAACUUUUUUGUAUUCAAGAGGAAAAGUUUCAAGAUUUUAUUGAAUAUUAGAUGCAGAUACUGAGAUCAUGCAGCACUGUCUUAACAUGGCAAGACUGGCUAGAGUGGCUUGGGCUACUACAGUGUACAAGAGAAGAGUCAGUUGGAUCAGUAAAAUUUCUUUAUUACUCUGCUCCGUUAAUCAUGUGCUAUCUUUAUCUCGAUAAGGAAUCAUGUGCUGCCUGGUUGAGGUCCCUGGCUAUUUUAUGGAUUGCAUGAGACAGGUAAUGAAACUCCUUGUAGAAAGCAGCUAGUUGUGGCCUAAUGGGCCAUUAAGCAGGAGGGGACUCAAUGAAGAUGCUUAGCCCUGCCGGCGACAUCCUAGGUUGGUUGUGGAGGUUUUUCGAAGCCAUAUGGCACGCUGCAUGAAUGUAUAUGCCUAGCCCUGCCAGCGAGGUCGUAGGUUGGCCGUGGAGGAAAAUUGCAGUCCUUAUCUGUGGAGGUUGUUGAUGCAUCGCAGAGGCUGUUGAUUCAUUGUUAUGGGGGUUGCAGUCGUUCAAGACGUCAUCUGUCAUGUAAGAUUUUGUGUCCAGCGUGACUUCGAGUUGCACUGUUAACCUGAAUUGGAAUCCAGUUCAAUGAGGCAUUCUGAUCUUUGCAUAGCAUCUAGGAGGUAGAGAAGAUUAAGUAAGGGUUGAAUCGAGAUGUUGGCUUGUUAAAAUCUGGAUAAUGAGUUGAGAGAUUGAA